CUAUCAGUACAUUUUACUUCGUCGCAUUCUGUUUCGCUUUCGUUCUUUACUAAGCAGAACAGUCCAUAUGACUGAAUUUGCAUUUUGCACUUUAGUGCAUUUCUAGUCGACUUGAACGAUAGUCCACUACAAUCGGUCGUUGUAACAUGAAGUUCAGAGUGUUUACGCUUUUAAUUCUUUCAAUCAAUUGCUUCGUGGAGCACGUCCGAUGCUCUAAGAUUCUGGUGUUAGCUAUGGCACCGAGUUACAGUCACCACGUAAUAUAUCCCCCAUUACUGUUGGAAUUGACCUCCCGCGGUCACGAAAUAGUAUUAGUCACCGCGGCACCCACAUCACGUUUGGAUGUCCCUAAUAUCAAGCAGAUCGACAUCAGUAAGGUUUUUAAAGUCAGAAAGAACUUCAACGCUAUUCGUGAUAGAUUUAACGGAGUAUCUUGGCUUUCGUUCGUGGAGGACGAGCUCAUCAGAAUGUACGAGUUGAGCUCGGAGGAGAUUUUCAAGCAUCCACAAAUAAAACAACUGUACAAGCCGAACAGUAACGCAACUUUUGAUCUUGUUAUGUUGGAAAUGUUCCAUAGCACGUCACUUCUCGCAUUAGGACACAGAUUUAACGCUCCAACAAUAGGAUAUAGCCCGAUGGGAAUACUUAAUAUUUAUGAUCAUAUUUGUGGAGCACCAGUAUUUACUAGUCAUGAGUCCAACUGGGAAAUAGAACAAAACGCAGGACCAAAUCUAUCAUUCUGGCAGAGGCUACAAAACUUUGCAAUAAUGUGGCGCCAUAUAUACUUCCAGUAUAAUUAUUUUAUUCCUCGCCAGCAGCUGAUCGCUGAAAAAUAUUUGGGACCCGGAGUACCGCCCAUACUCGACUUAAUAAGAAACGUCAGCCUCGUAUUUAUCAACGCUGAUGAGGUUUUAAAUCCUGCUCGGCCGAGAUUGUCAAAUCAUAUCUUAUAUAAUUCUCCUCAUGUUUCUGCCAACAUUACACCACCUACAAAGCGUAUGCUUCAAGUUAGAGAUCUAAUCAAAGACAAGCCCUACGACACAGCGAAGCACUUUGCCUGGUGGACAGAAUUUGUGAUUCGUCACAAGGGUGCAGCCCACCUUAGGACCACCUUAGGGACACAACCUUGGUAUCAGAGACUUGAUAUGGACGUUAUAGUGUUUCUAACGUUAGUAACGUUUAUAAUAUUAUCCAUCAUCACCAAUAUACUUACGAAACUUAUCAUCACCUUCUACAAACAACGUAAAGGAAUUUUAUACGGAAAACAAAAAAUAAAUUAGUCGAUGGAUAAUAUAUAAACAUAUGCUUUAGUAGAAUUAUUAAUUGUUAGUAGUUCAGCAGUUGUAAAGAAUUUUCAUAUAGAGUCUGUCAAUCGUGUCCGAAUAUGUGCUAAAAAAUACUAAGUAAAAUGUCGGUCGACUAAUAAAAUGAAAUUAGACCACCUAAAAUACUAAAGGUUCGAAGGGGACUUCUGUAGAAAUAUAAUAUCCUAGUCAGAGAAAUUCGUAUCCCACAAACACAAAUUAAGUCGAUUCUGAAUCCCGGAACAUGAAUGUGUAAACUAAUUCAACUUUAUAUCAAUUCCUAUAUGGUCCGAUUAAUUAGUUUCUUAAUUCUUGACUUUACUUUUGUGUCCGUUUUCACUGAGAAAAAUGUAUCGGUUAAUUUAUUUGCCUUCUUUUUACAGCCAGCUAUACGGUCGGUUACAGUAGGAAUAAGUACAUACAACGUACCGGUUCGUUUAUGGCUAAUUCAAUAUCUAAAUUGUAGUAUAAUAUUUUGGUAAAUACGUAAAACUCGCAGUUGUUGUGUCUAACUGAAACUUUUCGAGAUUCGCGAAUGUUUAUUCAGGUGCAAUUCGAGUAUUUGUGUUAGAUUUGUGCGCUGAACGGGGGAGAAAAUGAUGGACUUUUUGACAAACGUUUAAUUUUCUUUACAACUAUUCGCAUAUUGGGAAAAGUUCAAAGGAAUAAUUUAGUUGACUCAUUUUGAUGUGAAUGCUUUUUAGAUUUUAACUUGUAAUCAAUUUCAUCUUAAAAAUUCAGAAAUGAGUCGUCUAUGAUGUUGACGGAAACCUUAUUUUGCGAAUAAAACACACCUUGGAGUCUGAAUAUAGAGUAUGUAUGUCUUAAUCGCACUGAAUUCGCAAGUCACGCAACGUUCAAUGUUUAUGGCUAUAUUAUGUCACUAGCCUGCGAUAGGAACUAGUACGUGCGGAGCUAAGACCUCUAUUUAGAGUACUGACCAUGUAUACCGAUAUUCUCAAAUGUCGUUAUCUAAUGUCAACCGUUUAACAAAUUGUUCAGCAUAGUUCAUGAACGUGAAUUUAUUAAGGACACGGACGUGUCAAAGUGACAAAAUGUGUUCAGAAACGAAAUGCUUUAAUUUUUGCGAUGAUAUGAGAAUGAAGAUUGAAAAGAAUAAAUAAUAGAUUGCAGUUGUUAUAAUUCAUUUAGUUUGACUUGCAAGUCAAAUGUGUGCUAGAGUAUAGAUGUAAUAAUGCGUAUUAACAAGAAUUAUGUCGACGA